UAGCCAGCAGUCCACAACCUCUUUGAUCCUCACUCCUCAUCCUUUGCAAAUCAACGAUCCGGCGAAAUGACUUCUUCCUCUUCUAAAGCCAUACCAAAAGCACCACCAGACACGGGUCCGCCAUAUCCGACAUACGAAAGCCUCCGAGACGCCCAGAAAUGGGUCCGCUCCGCCCCCAACAGCGGCCAGCUACUAUUCUGGCCUCUCAACGGACCUCUUACCAGCGAUCUCGCGGUCUUGUCUACUCCCUUCACGCCAGAUACAAGAGAGCCGUAUUACAAUGAGACGAACGGUACAUGGCACCCGGUCUCCAAACUGCCGAUUACUGAGCCCAAAGUAUCCUCUAUCACCGUGCACGUGUACGAGCUGGAGCAGUGGGAGGAGAAUUGGUUGGACAUGCAUGAAGGCUGUUCGGGAGCGGGUGGAGAGGGUGUGGAGUGGGGCAUUUCGGAGCAUGAAGUUGACGAUGAGACGGAAGAGGUGGAGUUAGUGUUGCUGAAGUGCUGCGGGGUGGCGAGGCCCGUUGAUAAAGAUUACACCAUAGUAGUCAAACCCACGGUAGAUGGGGAUGAGGGCUUUGUGACGGUGCAUGAUUACUUGACGGCUGUGCAUCCUUAGCUUAUGGUCUUGAGGGGGGAGAUUCUGGCGGCGAUGGG